ACACCAUGAAGGCGUCCGGCACUGUACGUAAAAUGUCCCGUUUACACUCACAAAAAGACAAAAGGACAAUCCCGCGUGUGUAGAUAUCGACCUAUAACGACGUACGCAUCCCGUUGUCGCGUGGAUGUGUGUGCAAGCCUCGUUCUCCGAGAGUACAAGGUCAUCGGGCGUCUGCUGCCCUCUGCCAAGAACCCGUCCCCCCCUCUGUACCGCAUGAGGAUCUUCGCCCCCAACCAUGUGGUGGCCAAGUCUCGUUUCUGGUACUUUGUGUCCCAGUUGAGGAAGAUGAAGAAGGCGUCGGGCGAGACGGUCUACUGCGGACUGGUCCACGAGAAGACCCCCCUGAAGGUGAAGAACUUCGGCAUCUGGCUGCGCUACGACUCUCGCAGCGGCACUCACAACAUGUACCGAGAGUACCGCGACCUGACCACCUCCGGAGCCGUCACGCAGUGCUACCGGGACAUGGGAGCCCGCCACCGCGCCCGCGCCCACUCCAUCCAGAUCAUGAAGGUGCAGGUCAUCGCUGCCAACAAGUGUCGCAGACCGGCCAUCAAGCAGUUCCACGACUCCAAGAUCAAAUUCCCGCUGCCUCACCGGGUCCUGCGCCGCCAGCACAAGCCUCGCUUCACCACCAAGAGACCAAACACCUUCUUCUAAACGUGUGGCAAAUAAAGUUUUCUUGUGGAAUCAAA